CUCAGUGAAAGGCAGACAUGUGCUUGCCGUGCCAGCAGACCAAUGUUCAGACAGCUGGCUUUCUCUCCUUGACUCCCCUAACUAUCUCCCACUUUCUUUUCCCUCCACAGUGGCUCUAUUAAUUCUUUAUCCUCCUUUCCUUUCCUCUCUUCUUAUUUCCCCUGCAGUUUCCCCUGCGCAGACGGAUAAAAAUAAUUGUCCUAUAGCAGAGCUUGUGUAAUCGCUGGCUUCACAAGCACGGGAGCCACUGCCUCAACACCGGCCCAAUAAGGAAUACCAAGCACUGGACUGAACACCACAGUGUUGAAGAAAAGGAGAGAACAUUUUCUAAACUUCAAGGAAGAAGGAUACAGUAAGGAGUACAGAGAGUGACAGAAGAAGAGAGAAGAAACAGAGUGAGGAGGGCAGGAGGAGUGAAGUGUUAGGACCAUGCCUGGCUGUCACAUCCGGACACCCCUGAUGUUGGUGCUCUGCAUGCUGGUGCUGUCCUGUGGGUCAGGAGGUGCCCGGCGGAUCAGAAAGAGAGGGCUUAACCAAAAGGACUAUGAGUACCCAAAUCAGCAGUCCCAAUCCACGCAGCACCAGAAGAAUGACCGCUGCCCACCCCCACCUCAGAUGCUGCCGGAGCGGGCCUGCGAGGUGCCCGGCUGCCGCUCUGACUCAGAGUGUGAGCGCCACAAGCGCUGCUGCUAUAACGGCUGCAUCUACGCCUGUCUGGAGUCAGUGCAGCCACCACCAGUGCUGGACUGGUUGGUUCAACCCAAGCCUCGGUGGCUGGGAGGGAACGGCUGGCUUCUAGACGGUCCAGAUGAGGUACUGCAGGCGGAGGCCUGCAGCACCACAGAGGAUGGUGACGAGCCCCUGCACUGUCCCACAGGCUAUGAGUGCCACAUCAUCAACCAAGGAAACCCCGCCGCUGGCAUCCCCAAUCGGGGACAGUGCAUCAAGUCUCGUGGCAACUCUGAUGGACGUCCCAUGAGGCAAAAGUCCUACAAGGACUAUAAGGAUUACUUGGGAAUUGGAAGCAGCUCUAAUAAUGCAGUGGCCUAUGAGAAACACCACAAACACAUGGGAUGAGAUCGUAAAAAGUUGGUAGUCUCUUCAAAGCAGUCUCUCCUCAGAUCUUCAGAUACCGCAACACAGAACCUCAGCUAUCAGAGCCCACAUAUCAUACCUCUUGACAACGGAACACAGAACAACCAGACAACCCUACGGAGCUUUACACUUCCCAUGUCUGGCCUGGGGAAAGGAGGAAACCAAGCCUUCAGUUCCUACCUCUCUCAAACUGGCACACUCCUUUGGUUGUAAUAAUGGUGCAGGCAGGGUUUUAAACAAUACUUUGACAGAUUUACACACACACACACACACACACACACACACACACACACACACACACACACACACACACACACACACACACACACAACAUGCUUUGGUUUAGUCAUGAGCAAGAUGUAAUGGUGUUAUGGUUGAAAAGGAGAAAUGAACAAGACACAAAGCCCCUUUCUUGAUCGGUCUCAAACCACAAAAAUAACAACCUUUUUUUCUAUACACAAUAUCAAAGUAGAUGCACUGAAACUCCCCACAACCAGACACACACACGUAUCUCAUAGAAGAGAAAAUAAGGACUAUGUGCUGCUGUUGGCCCUCUCACCCUUCAGGCCAGCAGGAUGAAGAUCCCAUAAACACACAGACUAGGAACAGACCCAGAACCACCAACAAAAUCCAUACACUCUGCUUACAUGUCAAAGCAUGUCAAUCAUGGUGGGAGAGCAAGCUGGGCCUUAUACCAACACACAGGAGUUGUUCAAAGUGUUUGUAUCGACUGUACAUGAAAUAGGACAUAUUCCAUUUAGUAUAUUCCCUCAGCCGGUCCAAAAAUGAACAUUAGUAUGACAGAAAGACGGGUGUGAGUGGUUAGGAAUAUCCAUAUCUGGAUUUUAGUACAUCAAAUGGUGCUUGGUUCUAAGGCUGUAUCUUCUAACAGAACAAUAAGCUGGUCUAUACGACUGAAUUCCACAACUAAUAAGCUAGAGGUAUGAACAACAUGUAACCAUUUUCUAUGAGGGAGACAGUAAUAUCCAAAUGUCAAACUGGUGCUGUAAUGUUGCUUUUUGUAUUACAAAUAAACUGUAUGUUUGAGGAA